CAGGAAAGUAUUGGAACCCGGCGAGCUCAGUGCAGUCAAGACAAGACGUGUCGUGAGGAUGGCUGCAAUUAAGACCUUAAACCCUAAAGCUGAGGUGGCUAGGGCUGCCCAGGCCCUCUCUAUCAACAUUUCAGGUGCGAGGGGAAUCCAGGAUGUCCUCAGAACCAACCUAGGACCAAAGGGCACCAUGAAAAUGCUGGUGUCCGGCGCCGGGGAUAUCAAGAUCACCAAAGAUGGAAACAUUCUGCUUCACGAAAUGCAAAUUCAGCACCCUACAGCCAGCAUGAUUGCCAAGGCCUGCACUGCCCAGGAUGACGUCAUUGGCGAUGGCACUACCUCAACAGUUCUCCUCAUUGGUGAGAUGCUGAAGCAAGCAGAAAUCCAAAUUCAAGAAGGCUUACACCCAAGGUUAAUUGCUGAAGGGUUUGAUUUGGCCAAGGUGAAGGCUCAAGAAGUGCUUGAUAAGGUGAAAAUUACUGAAGAGAUCACCCGUGAGCGUCUCUGCCAAGUUGCAAGCACUGCCCUCCGCACCAAGGUUCACUCUGACCUGGCUGACAAGCUGACUGAAGUGUGUGUUGAUGCAGUCCUGGCCAUCAAAGAGGAAGGCAAAUCAUUGGACUUGCACAUGGUGGAGAUCAUGGAUAUGCAGCACAAAACGGAACUGGACACCCAGCUGGUCAAAGGUCUGGUGCUAGAUCAUGGUGGGCGACAUCCUGACAUGCCCAAGCGUGCCACCAAUGCUCACAUCCUCACUUGUAAUGUGUCCAUGGAAUAUGAGAAGACAGAGGUGACUUCAGGUUUCUUCUAUAAGUCAGCAGAAGAAAGAGAUAAGUUGAUUACUGCAGAGAGGGAGUUCAUUGAAGAGCGAGUGAAGAAAGUUAUUGAGCUAAAGAAGAAGGUCUGCACUGGUAACAAAGAUAUGUUUGUGGUGAUCAACCAGAAGGGUAUUGAUCCUAUGUCCCUGGAUAUGUUGGCUAAGGAAGGCAUCAUGGGCCUAAGGAGGGCCAAGCGCCGCAACAUGGAGAGGCUUGCCCUGGCCUGUGGUGGGAUGGCCAUGAACAGCUUCGAUGAUCUUGCUCCAGACUGCCUUGGUUAUGCUGGCAGUGUGUAUGAACAUGUUCUGGGAGAAACAAAGUAUACCUUUGUAGAAGAUUUGAAAAACCCUCACAGUGUAACCAUCCUGAUCAAAGGUCCAUACAAACACACCCUCACCCAGACCAAAGAUGCCAUUAGGGAUGGUUUAAGGGCAAUCAAGAAUGCAUUGGAUGAUGGUUCCCUUGUUCCUGGAGCAGGUGCCUUUGAGGUUGCUGCUUAUGAUGCACUGAUGAAGUAUGAAAAUGAAGUGAAGGGCCGUGCACGAUAUGGUGUGCGGGCAUUUGCAGAUGCCCUUCUUGUCAUCCCUAAAACUCUUGCUUGUAAUAGUGGAUAUGACCCCAUGGACUGCCUGGUGAAGCUGAGGGAAGAAUUCAAGGCUAGUGCUGGCACUCAUGUGGGAUUAGAUAUUGCUACUGGUGAAGCACUUAAUCCAGUUGAUGCUGGCAUAUUUGAUAACUAUUGUGUUAAGAGACACAUGUUGGAUGCAUGCUCUGUUAUUGCCCGUAACCUCCUCAUUGUGGAUGAGAUCAUGAGAGCUGGACUGUCUCAACUCAAGUAGAUAGAAUCCUACACAUGACGAAACUUCUUAAAUUCAGCACUUACCUUGGCAUGAUGUAACAGUUGCUAUUUGAUCAACGCAAGAAAGCAAGCUGCUGCCAACUCACAAUUCUGCUUCUAAACACUUGAUAAUAAAGAAAACAUUGUU